AAACUUAUUCCUGGGUUUCAUCAUUUGAUAUAUCUAAUAAAACAAGUCAAGGAACUCCAACAAAUCAAGGCAAUUUUUCAACAGGAAAUAAAUAUAUUUCAACAAAUCAAAUAAUUAUAUUAUUUCAAUAG